AUGGCCGUGGCUGUACUUAUCAGCGCGUGGUUCUCCGGCGGCUGGUCAGCAUGGAGUCCACUCGCCUCGUCUCACCAGCUGCUCGAGGCUUGGCUCCACGCAGACGCCAAGACGAUUGCCGAUAGCAUAAUCAACAUGUUCCAAAUUCUUCUCUCACUUGCCUGGGCCGGGGCCGCCUAUGGGCUCGCUCGGCCCACCGUUCAAGAGCAGUGUCACGCUUUGCGCGAUCUGGGCGCCAAGUCCGGGGCCAUCAUCACCAACACGACGUAUGUGCCUGCAGCCUCUCUGGCCGUCCCGGGAUCGAGUGCGACAAACUCUGUGCCAUUCUGUCGCGUCUACGGCACCAAGCCGUAUGCAGGCCACAACGCUGUACAAUUUGAGGUGUGGCUGCCAGACCGGAGCCAGUACAAUGACCGGCUGCUGGUCGUGGGCAACGGGGGCAUGGCCGGCACCAUCGACCAGCCGUCCCUCUUGUCGUGCGUCAACCGCGGCUUCGCCUGCGCCGGGGGCGACUCUGGCCAUCGCGCCAGCGAAAACAACAACGGCUCAGGGGCUCCCGGCGUGUUCCUCCCGUACCUCCACGACCGUGAGCAGACGCUGGCCUGGAUCCACAACUCCAUCGCGUACAUUACGCCGCCAGCGCGCUCCAUCGUGGAGUCGGCGUAUGCAAAGAAGCCCAAGUACGCGUACUACCAGGGCUGCUCCACGGGCGGGGCGCAGGGCUUUGCGCUCGCGCAGUACCAUCCGCAUCUCUUUGACGGCAUCGUGGCGGGCAGUCCCGGGAACUGGUACUCUCACCUCGCGCUGUCGUUUCUCUGGAACUACGUUGACGAAAAGAGUCCUCCCUACCUUCCUCAAACCGCCCUUGACCUGAUCACAAAGGCCGCAAUCGAGCAGUGCGAUGGCCGCGACGGGGUCGAAGACGGAGUCAUUGAGAACCCACUGACGUGCGAUUUUGACGUCGACGCUCUCCGCUGCACAGGAGAUGCCCCACAGUGCCUCACCGCCGAACAGGUCAGCCAGGCCAAGAAAAUCUACGCCGGCCCAGGCAGCAGCAUCUACCCAGGCUUCUCCAUCGGCAGCGAGUCGAGCUGGGCGGUGCAGGAGAGCAGCCUCGCCAACGCGUUCACCAUUCCCAUCCUGCAGAACCUCGUCUUUGACAAUCUCGAAUACAACGCCUCGUCAUUCAACUGGGCUGCCGAUGUCGCCUUGGUAGACAGACGAGCCGGUUCGCUCAUUGACGAAAUCAGCCCUGACCUGUCGAGGUUCAAGGCCCGCGGCGGCAAACUGGUGGUGACGCAGGCAUGGGCCGACCCGUACAACGCUGCGCUGUGGCCCAUCCAGCACCGCGAGCAGCUGCAGCGACGCAUGGGCAACGUGGACGACUGGUUCGCGCUGUUCAUGGUCCCAGGAGGCGGCCACUGCGGCGGAGCUCCUGGCUAUCCGCACGUCCCGGCGCAAUGGCACUCGCUCGACACCUUGAUGGACUGGGUCGAAGGCGGGCGCCGUCCCGCGCAGAUGCUGAGCUCCAACCCGGCGGACGGCAGCAACACGACCAGGAAGCUCUGUCCAUGGCCUGCGACGGCAAAGUACAUUGGGGGCGAUGCCGGCCAGUGGACGUCGUACAAGUGUCAGAGCUCGUAG